AUGCAUGCAUCCUCCUCUUGUCCCCUGACCCCUAACCCCUUGCGCGCGUGGUGCCUUGCGCGCGUUCCGCAGUUCAAGAGCUUCACGCGGCAGGUGGAGGAGGCGCAGGUGGAUGUUUUCCGCUCGCUCGCGCCCGCGCAGCAGCAGCCCUCCGCUGGCUGCUCCUCCUUCUUCCAGCAGGCGCUGCUGCACUGGCGGGUCAGUCCCCGCCCGCGCCCUCCCCUUGUUUCCCCCCCUCUCCGCCACGUCUUCUCCCCUCACACCCUCGCCUUUCUGGCUCCCAUUUCUCACUCGCCGCUCCCCAUGCCUCCCCGUGCGCCCCCAUUCCCUCCCAUGCCCCCCCAUUCCCUCCCAUGCCCCCCCAUUCCCUCCCAUGCCCCCCCAUUCCCUCCCAUGCCCCCCCAUUCCCUCCCGUGCCCCCCCAUUCCCUCCCAUGCCCCCCCAUUCCCCCCCAUGCCUCACAUGACCCCCCAUGCCCACCAUAACGAGACUCCCCAUGAACUCCCAUAUCCCCCGACAAACCCCCAUGCCCUCCCAUACCUUCUAAUGCUUCCCCCCGUCGCCCAUCUCCCCUCAUGCCCCCCAUGCCCCCGUGCCCCCCCAUACUUUUCCCCCCCUCACCCCCCUCAGGAGCUGAGCGCAGCAGUGGAUUUCAACGAGGUGCACAGCGAGGUGGCGCCGCUGGUGGCGUCGCUGGCGCAGCUGGUGUUCCACCGCCACCGCAUCGUGCACGCGCUGCGAGCACGCCUCUCCAUGCGCGCCCUCCUCUCCCUCCCACCCCUCCUCAGCCUGCUGGGCACGCUCGCGCGGGACCUGCAGCACGACUUCCUGCCCGGCAAGUGCUCCUCACUCAUGACGCCUCUCUCUGCUAGACUAGCAAUCUCGAACCCUUGUCUCCGCCUCUUCUGCUUUCCAAUCACUCCUGCUGCUCGCUCUCCUGCGUGCAGCUUCCUGCCGCUCUGCCUGGACGCCUGCCUGCGUCUGCUGCAGCAAGGGGCGGACAGAGACGCCGCCGUGCUACAGCAGGUGGUGGAGUGUGUGGCGCAGAUGGUGAAGCACCUGCGCCACUACCUCACACCUGAUAUCGUCACCCUCCUCAAGAUGACCAAGGCACUGCGGUUCUACCCGGCGGACUAUGUGCGCGAGCUGGUGGCGCACAGCCUUGCCUUCGUGCUGCGCACCGCCCCGCCCAAACAGAUGGCCCGCGGCGUGCGGUGGGUGCUGGCAGAGGCGAGGGCGGUGGCGUGUGAGGAGAGGGAGAGCGGGGUGGCGCUGCUGCUGGCCAAUGCAGCCAAGGGCCCCGCGCACUCGCUGCACUCCAAGGCCGCGCCCCUGCUGCUGCGCCUGCUGCUGCUGCCCUCCUCUCUGCGCCCCCCCGCGCUGCUGCUGCUGCAGGGCCAGCGAGCUGCUGGUGCUGCUGACGUGGCGCUGACAGUUGUCACACGUGUGAUACGCCUGCUUGCCGCCCACCUCACUCCCGCCACUGCCGGCCCUCUCCUCUCCCUGCUCCUCACAACCGCCUCACAAGCAGUGCAGGGGGGGCGGGAUGGGGGCAAGGGAGGCGCGGGUGGGGAGGAUGAGGGCAAAGGAGAGGAGCAAGGGGAUGGGGAAGAGGGCGAGGAGGGGGGCGAAGGGAAGGAGGGUGGUGUGAGUGGGGGCGGGGGGCGAUGGGAGGAGGCGCGGCGGAUAGCGGACGUGGUUCACUUGCUGAAUGCAGCGCUGCAGCACCGACGAGGCAUGCUGGUCACCCACCUCUCCCCCUUCGUCUCUCUCUCCCUCUCCCUCGCCUCCCACCCCCUCCUCCUCGCCUCCCUCCGUUCCUCCUCCUCCCCCUCGCCCCCCCUCCCUGCCCCUCCUCGCUGCUCUCAGCAGCAGCAGGAAAAUGGGGAGGGGGAGACGGGGGAGGGCGUGGGGGGAGCAGCAGGCACAGCGGGGGAUGCAGGGGAGGGGGAGGAUGCAGGAAGGGAGGGGGAUAAGGUGCAGCACGAGGUGGUGAGGGAGGUGAUGCUGCUGCUGCUGGGGCAUGCUGUGGUUCCUGCGCCAGCUGGCACAGCUGCAACCCCACGUGCUGCGCCUCCUGCUGCCCCCCACCAUGCGGUAACCACACUCUACCUCACCCCCCACCCGCUCAUGCGCGAUUCGCACAUCCCUGUGUUGAUGCUUUUCGCUCGUGCAGUCACUUCCCCGCACCCAUCUGCCAUUGAUGCUUUUCGCACACUGCUGCAUGGCCGUGAUGAAGCCAUCGCCCAUGCCACCACACCACGACUUGCACCUCACUGCGCCCCCCCUCACCUCGCACAACCACUUCCGUGGCCCCACGUGAUUACUGAUGUGUCACGCCAGCUAGGCACGUCCCUUGAAUCACAGAGUGAAAAGGGAGGCGAGGGGCAGGAAGAAGCAGAUGGAGAGCAGGCGGGGAAGGGGAGGGUGCGCAAGAGGAGGAAGCGGCAGCAAGGCGAGGAGGGAAGUGAAGGGUCGCUUGGGAGGGCAGUAGCUGCUGUCCCCCGCCCGCCCGUUGCUGCAUUUAUGGAUUCACACCAAAGCCGGCAGCAGCAGCAGGAAGCGAGGGGAGCAUGGGAGGGAGUGCUGGCAGCAGCACUGGAGACCCACUCAGUGCUGCUCUCAUCGCACUCUGCCGCCAACCUGCCUUGCCACCUGCCGCUCUACCUCUCUGCCGCCCGCCACCACUGCCGCUCACUGCCUAUCCUCUCCGCCGUUGCUCUCUUCCUGCAAGCCUUCCCCAGGGCUCAAGUGGGUGACACGUCAGCAUCUCUGCCCGCCUUCCCACCUGAUCUGUCAGCCAACCACAUGCCUGCAAUGCUUGAGGCACUACAGGACAACUUCUGCCACCCAGCACGUGAAAUGCGGGUGGCAUCGUUGCGCAUUAUCUGUCAUUUCGCCCCCCUGCUUGUGCGGGUGGGGGGAGAGGGGGGAGAGGCGAGGGGGAGAAGCAAAGGGAAGAGGAGGGCGGAACAAGCAGCAGGGGGGGCGGUGGUGGUCGCAGGAGAGGACGCUGAGCCGUGUCUGGUGUUUCACCAGGUGGAAGAACUGGAGUCAGCACCCUACGACCUGCAGAUGGGCCGGCACGCUGCCACAGCAUUGGCUGCCCUUGCUGCUCAUGCCACAUCAGCACGGCUGCCCAACCAGCUGCUGCCAGCUGUCAGUCGCUGUGUGCUGGGGCUACUGCACUCCAAGUUUGCAAUGAUGUGGCAGCCUGCCAUUGGCUGCCUUGCAGCGCUGCUCUCCGCCCACCCCUCUUCCACCUGGCUCGUGGUGUGGCGGGAGCUGCGCCACCUGCAAGGAAGCUUCCUGCUGGCGGCAGCUGGUGCACCUGCAGAGUCAGGCGGUGGGGCGCAAGGCGAAGGGCAAGGGGAGGAAGGAGGGGAUGGCGGAGGGGAGGAGGGGGGAGAGCACGAGGAUGGGGAGGAUGGCAGCGGCAGUGGUGCAGCCCUCUCCCUCUCUCUGCUGCAUUCCGCCAUGUCUCGCUCUAACUCGGUUCUCCCCCCUGCCUCCUCCUGUACGUCUCACUGCACUACUAGUGCUCCCCUGCACCUCUGCCUGCACCGUUUCUUCCCCUUCCCUCCCCUGCCGCCCCCCACGCCCUUCCCCCUCCUCUCACCGCCAGGCAUAACGGAUCUCUUCCUGCGCACCGCCAUGGCAGUGCCAUCAGGAGCUCCUCCGUCAGCAGUGCUGUCGUCGCUGCUGCGCGCCCUCAGGCAGGCGCCAGCAGUGGCCGCCACGCGCCUCUCCCCCGCACCCCCACCGCCUCCAUCUGUGGGCACUGCUCUCACGCCGCGUGCUUGCACCUGUGCUGCCAACCUGGCGAGCGGGCAGCAGAGGCGUGGCACGGCGGGGCAGCAGCUGGCGGCGCUCUUCCUGGCAUUCGUGGGCGACUCUGAUGACUGCCUGCCGACAGCGCAUACAGGGCACGUGGAGAUGAUACAAGGGGGCGCGGAAAGGGCAGGCGGGGAGGAGGGCGAGGAGGCGGAGGAGGGGGUGGUGGUGAACAGAGCAAUGGUGAGGGGCAAGCAGUGGCACGUGGUGCUCUCUGAUUGGCUGGAGCUGCUGAAGCGAGUCGAGCUGACAGCGUGUGGCCCCAAGGGAGAGCCACUCAAGCAUGUCAUCAUCGACAGGUUUCUGGUGCACCCAGAUCCGGCGGUGCAGCAGCUAGCGUUGGACUGUCUGGUGGCGUGGCGCCAUGGCUGUCUGCCCAAGUACGCCGCCCGCCUCGCCGCCCUCGCCUCCUACCGCUCGCUCAAAGAGACCCUCACCACGUGGGAUAUCAGCCCCGUGGAUGGGGAUGGGGAGGAGGGCGAGGAGGAGGAGGAGGGGAGGGUGGCGGAGGCGGACAGGGCGAGUGUGAUCCCGGUGAUCAUUCGCCUGCUGCUGCCCAAGCUCAAGAAGAGGAGCGGGCAGCCCGCAGGGAAGGUGAGGCGAGUGAUUCUGCGCAGUGCGCAAGUAGCGGUCAUGUCUGCACACGCUUCUCUCCUGCUUGGCAUUCUUGCUGCUUCCACUGUCCGUUCUGCACCCUUCUUCACUCGCCGAAUCCCCCUAUCCCCUCAUUCUCCCCUCUCCCAGGCGGCAGCAGUAGUGCAGCGAGGCACAGUGCUGACAUUCCUGGCGCGCCUGCCCCCCUCGGAGCUGCUUCCCCUCUUCCACCUCAUGCUGCUGCCCUUCCGCCCCGCCCUCCGCCCCGCCCACCAACCGGGCGCGGUAGUGCAAGGAGAGGCAGGCGAGGAGGCGUGGCAGCAGGCGCUGAGGCAAGGAGCCACGGAGGACUUCCUGCUGCUGCUGGGGGAAGGGGGGGAUGAGGGGGAGGGGGAAGCGGCGGGGGAGGAGGGGAAGGAAGGGGCAGCAGGAGCGGGAGCGGGAGCGGGAGCAGGAGUGGGGGUGGGGAUGGUGGGGCGCAAGCGAGUGAGUGGGUUUCUGCACCUGGCUGUGGACGUGGUGCGCGUGAUGAGCCGCCACCAGCUGCAGCCCUACGUGCUCGCCCUGCUGGCCGUCGCCGUGCGCACUGUGCAGUGCUACCCGCCCCUGCCUCCCAGUGCUGCUGGCGGUGAGGGGCGUGUGGAGGAGAGGCUGGAUGAGAAAAUGGGUGAGGCAGUGGAAGAGAAGGAGAUAAUAGAAGAGGAAGGGGAGGGAAAGGAGGAAGUAGAGGUUGAGGAGGAGGAGGAGGCAGAGGAGGCAGAGGAGCUUGAAGGGGAGGAAGGGCAGAAAGACGAGGUUAUGAAAGGCAAAGAAGAGGGUGCCGAUGCUGCUGCUGAGGGCCCUGGCGAUGCUGAUGAGGAUGGGCACAAGGAGGCGGGGGUUGAUGCACCUGAGGAAGACAGCGAAGACGACGAUGAUGAUACGGAGGCCAAUACCAACGCCAGCCAGUCCAUCUCCCCUCACGUGCCCAGCUGGACUCGGGAGCUGCGCUCACUCGCCCUGCGACUGCUGGCAGCCAUCCUCGCCAAGUUCCCCGACAUCGCCACGCGCCCCUCCCUGCCCGCCCCCCUGCGCCCCUGGCCGCUGCUGCUCGCCGCCCUCUCCCCCGCCCUCACCCACCUCGCGGUUGACAACGCCGCCUCCUCCGAGCCUUCCGCGCUGCUCGCGCUGUUGCUCGCCCUCUCACGCUCGCCUCGCCUGGCGCUCCUGCUCGCCUCCCACCCGCACGCACUUCCCGCGCUCUCUGCGCUGCUCUCCUCGCCCUCUGCGCGCCUGCCUGUGGUGGGUGCAGCCAUGGGGGUGCUCUCUCACGUGGUGGCGUGGGGCGUGGUGGAGAGGGAGGAGGGUGAGGAGGGGGAGGAGGAGGGCGAGGUGGUGCUGCAAUGGGAGCAGGCGGGGGGGCAGAUGGGAGGGGAGGUGGAGGGGGUGCGAGUGGCGAUAGGCAAGGCCGUGGAGGGGCAUCUGGCGGCCAUCCUGCCACACAUGCAGCAGUUCAUUGCAAGGCAGGGUGCACUCUAUAGCAAGGGGGCGGGGAGGGCGCUGAAGGUAUCAGCGCUGGCGGUGGUGGGGCGCAUGGCGGGCAUGGUGACACACGCGCACCUGGCAGGCCAGCUCGCAGCCGCGCUCACGCCCUUCCUCAGGCAGGCAGCGGGCGGCAGGCGGCGAGUGGACGAGAGCACCACAGCGGCCGUGUUGGCAGUGCUGCAGAGCCUGGCGCCGCUGCUGUCCCGCACUGCAGCUGCCACGUGUGUGCGGCUCUUCGCCCCGCUAGUCACCCACCUGCAGUCAAGGCCCGCUCGCCUGGCCCUCGUGCACACGCUCUCUGCGCUCGCUGCCGCCCACCCCUCACACUCCAUGCGCCUCCUGGCGUCACUAGUGGCGGACCUGUGUGCAUACGACCCGGCGCGCAUAGACGAGUACGACUACACGCGCCGCCUGCACGCCUACACCUCCAUGCACUGCCACCUGCCUGACCCUCCCGCCACCUCCACCCCUUCCUCAAAAGACGGUUCUGAUACCGCAGCCACCGAGCUGCAGCGCUCGGCAGAGCAGGUGCAGCAGCAGGUGGUGGUGGCGGUGGGGCGGGAGGGGUGCCUACUGCUGCUGAGCUGCGCAGUGCGGGACAUGGCGGACGAGGACAUGUCGCUGCGCCACUCCGCUGCCCACUUCCUGCAGUCCUUCGUGCGCCUCGCUGCUGCUCUCGCUGCCCUCCCUCCCGCCCCUGGUGCCACUGCUGGUGCGAGGAAGGGCGGGGAGGGGGAGGAGGGGGGCGCAGUGAGUGGGAGGGAGGCAAGGGAGCUGGUGAACGCAGUGCUGCUGCGCCACAUCAAGAAGGGCCUCCACUCGCCCAUCGUCGUCGUGCGCAGGGUAUGCCCCCUCCCCUCGCGCAGCGCGCCCCAACCUCUGCUUGGACCCGCUUUAGAGCGCUCGUCUUUUCCCCCUGUUGCUGUCCCUGCUGCUUCUUCUCACCUUACCCAUUCAUCUCAUUUAGCUGCUGCACUGGAACUGGCCCGAAAGCCCUCGUUUUACCUCCCUCACUCCCUUUCUCCCUACACCUGGGUGCUGUUGCUGCGUGACGUGGCGCUGCACAUGGGUGCCACGUCACCAGUGGCGGAGCUGAGGUGUUUGGUGAGGGAGGAUGACGUGGAGGCGGAUUUCUUCCACAAUCUCGUGCAUCUGCAGACGCACCGCCGCGUGCGAGCGCUCACCAAGUUCGCCGCCCUCUGCCCCACCGCGCACUUCUCACCUGUAAGGCCAUGCACCUCUGGUGUGCCCACUUCUCACCGGUACGCCCACUCACAUAUCGCUGGUGUGCUCAUUCACACCAACUGUGGUUUAAACGCCAGGCUGUGCCUUGCACGCAUCUCACAUUCCAACGCAUUCUUCUUCACGGUGGCCCACACCACUUAUCCAUUGCACUCAAGCAUCCUGCGUCGCACCAACACCCCACUGCCCCCAGCCCGCAGCGAGCUCUCCCUCUCACCACCUCUCCUCUCCCGCACUGCCCUGCACGUAUCCCUCUCCCCCUCCCCUCCCCCACACCAGGAGGUGCUGCUGGAGGCGGUGGUGCCAGCGCUGCUACGGCAGCUGGUGGAGGGGCGGCCAGACAGUGAGAGCGGCGUGAUGGACGCCACCAUGGCCGCCCUCUCCGCCCUGGCCGCCCGCCUGCCCUGGCCCGCCUUCCACUCCCUGCUCUCCCGCCUGCUCGCUCUGCUGCCACGGCGCAAGGAGAAGGGCGAGCAGUGGUGGGAGGAGAGCAAGGGCAGGGGCGGGGGGAGGGGUGGCGAGGAGGUGAGUGCGGCGGGGCAGCGGGCGAUUCUGAGGGCCAUCUGUGGCGUGCUGGAGCAGGUGAAGCACGUGGUGGGGGUGGGGGGAGGGGAGGAGAAGGGUGACAAGGAGGAAGAGAAGGGUGAGAAGGAGGGUGUGGAUGGGAAGGAGGGUGGAGAAGCGGGUGGGAAGGAUGGGGACGAGGGGAAGGAGAUUACUGAUAAGGAGAGCAAGGGAGGAAAGGAGGAGAUCAGGCAAGUGGCAGCAGCGGAGGCAGGGAAGGAGGAGGGGGGAACGGCAGUGUCGCUGCGCAUACAGCAGGUGUUGCUGAAGGACAUCAUCCCUCAGCUGUCCAAGCACCUCGUGGCAGGCGAGGCGGGCCGCGAGGAGGUGAACUCGCAUGUGGCGCUCGCCGUGACGCGCACGCUGCUGCUGCUGCCGCCCGAUGCCAUCCGCUCGCACCUCCCCGUGCUCCUGCAGACCGUCGUCAACCCCCUCAAGUCGCGCUCGCAAGGGACGAGAGACGCCGCCCGGGCGGCGCUGUGCCAGGUGGCGGGGGCGCUGGGUCCGGCCUACCUGGGGUACGUGAUCGGCGUGCUGCGCAGCGCUCUCACACGCGGGUUCGAGCGCCACGUGCUCGGCUUCACGCUGCACGCACUGCUGCUGCACGCCGCCACCACCCACGGACGCACCAUGCCCCCAGGUGCCCUGGACUACUGCCUGGGCGAGUGCCUAGCAGUGGCGGUGGAGGGGCUGCUGGGGCAGGUGGCGGAGGAGAGGGAGGUGGACGCGGUGGCAGCGGGCGUGCGGGAGAAGCGCCAGAGCCGGUCGCUGGAGACGGUGCGCAUCGCUGCCUCGCUGGUGAACGUGCGGCGCAGCACGGCCCUGCUGCUCGCCCCCAUCCGUGCCGCCCUGCCUGCAUCGCUGGAUCCGAGGGUGAAGCGGCACGUGCAGGAGAUGGUCAGACAUAUGGCCAUUGGGCUGCUGGCCAAUCAGCACGCGACAGCUGGCGACCUGCUGGUGCUGGUGCACGCGGUGCUGUGGGAGGGCGUGCGCGUGGAGCAGGCGCAUGCGGCCGCAGCGGGUGAGCGGAAGCGACUGCGUGCGGAGGCUCGGGAGGGGAAGGGUGGGGGGGAAGGGAAGGAGGAGGAAGGAGGGAUGGAGGAGGAACUGGGUGAGGAGUGUGGGAUGGAAGGGGAGGAAGUGGAGGGCAAGGUAGGAGGGCGGAGGAGACGGAAGAAGCAGAAGGGGUUGGGGUUUGAGGGGAUGCCGAACGGGCAUGUGGUGGCGCUGCUGGGCCUGCAGCUGCUGCUCUCCCUCGCCUCGCACGACCGCCUGCCCGCAUCUGACCCCGCCCUCACACCGCGCCUCAAUGCCCUGGUGCACCCGCUCUCCCUCGCCCUCUCCUCGCCCCACGACGCCGUGCUAGCAGCCUCUUUCCGCGCCCUCGCCUUCCUCCUCCACCGCCGCCUCCCCUCCGUCGCCACCGUUGCCCCCCGCGUCGCCACGUCAGCGUUCAAGGUGGUGCAGCAGGCGGGGCGGGCGGCGGCCGUGGCGGGCGGCAUGGUGCACUCGUGUCUGAAGCUGCUAGCCGUGCUGCUAGACAGAUGCCCAAGGGUGAAGGUGGGCGAGGAGCAGGUGCGAGCGCUGCUGGGCAGUGCAGUCUUCACAGACCUCGAGCUGCCCUCCACUCGCACCACCGCCUUUGCCGUGCUGCGAGCACUGCUGCGGCGGCGAGUGGUGGUACCUGAAGUGUAUGACGCCAUGGGGCGUGUGCAGCUGCUGCUGCUGCGCUCCCACACGCCCUCCGUGCGCCAGCUCAGCGCAGCGCUGCUUCUCGCCUUCCUGCUUGACUACCCGCUGGGUCCCGCACGCCUGGAAGCACAUCUGAGCUUCCUGAUAGUGAAUUUGAAGUACGAGCACCAGAGCGGGCGAGAGGCCGUGCUGGGCAUGCUGCGAGCCAUCAUCGAGGGAUUCCCCUCCGUGCUCGUGGAGGCCCACGCCGAUACCUUCUUCCUGCCGCUCGUCACUCGCCUAGUCAGCGAUGAGUCAGCAAGGGUGCGGCAGCUGGUAGCAGCGGUGCUCAAAGCGCUGUUUGUGCGAGUCAAGCCGCCCACGUGCGCGCGCCUGCUGCGCUUCGCGUCUGCAUGGUUGGUGGAUCCGUCCCCCCAGCUGCAGCAGGCAGCAGCGCUGGUGUUAGGGGUGGCGGUGGAGGCGGUGGGGGUGGGCGGCGAGCAGGGGGGCAUGGUGGCGGCAUGGAUGGGUGCUGCUGCGCGGAUUGUGCAGCGGGCGCAGGGAGGGGAGGAGGGUGAGGGAGGGGGAGUGGAGGGGUGGAAGGGUGUGUACGCGUGUGUGGUGCUGGCUGAGAAGGUGCUGCAGCGGGAGGGUGGGCAGGCGCACAGCAGCAGCAUGCGUGCGCUGUGGCGGCAACUGCCGGCGCUGCUGCUGCAUCGCCACCUCUGGGUGCGCGCUGCUGCCUGCCGCCUCCUGGGGGCCUACCUCUCCCAUGCCACCACUGCCGCUGCUGCAGCCGCUGGUGGUGGUGGGAGCAAGGGCGUGUGUGGGGCGGAGGAGGAGGGUCUGAAGGCUGUGGUGAGGGAGCUGGUGGAAAAGGGCGAGCAGGAUGAGGGGGAGGACGAGGAGCAAGAGGAGGGUGAGGGGAGGGGGGCAGGGGUGGCGGUGUGGCAGGUGCUGCUGCAGCCAUCGUACUUGGUGGUGGUGGCAGGGGCGCUGUGCCGUGUGCUGGAGAGCAACGCCAGUGACGAGCGCCUGGCACAGCACACUGUCAAAAACCUUGUCGCCCUCGCUCCCCUCCUGCCCCUCCUGCCUUGCCGUGCUGUUAAUGGCACUGCUGGUGGUGGGAUGAGGAAGGGAAGGGAGGGGGGAUCGGGGUUGGUGGUGGAGCUGGAUGGGUGUGCCAUAGGCAGGGAGGGCAGGGGGCGGCUGAAACUGGGGUGGCAACUGCUGCGGGUGAGGAGGAGAGAGGGAGAGAAGACUGGGGAUGGCAGUGGUGGCGAGGAGGAGGACGAGGAGGAGGAAGAGGAGGAGGUGUUGGGAGAAGCAGAGGGAGGGGUGGAAGGGGGGGUUGAGGAGGAGGAGAAAGCAGAGGAAGAAGAGGAAGAAGAGAAGGGCGAUGAGGAAUCAUACCUUGUAGACUUUGGGGAGGGUAGUGGUGUGGGCGAUGCUGGUGCUGCUGCUGAUGCUGCUGUUGCUAAUGCCGAUCCUGGUGCUGAUGCUGAUGCGGAUGCUGAUAUGGAAGCGACAGGUGCAGGGGGUGGGGCCGUCAUGUUGGGUGAACCAGUAGGGGAGGGCAGUGAGGGCGAUGCAGAGGGCAGUGGGGAGGCAGGGGAUGGGGAGGAGGCAGAGGAGAGGCAGCAGAGCGAUGGGGAGGAGGGCGGUGCAGGGGAGCAGGAGGAUGGGGAGGGGCAACUGGAUGGGGGCUAUGUGGCGUUAAGGGAGGGGGCAGGGGAGGAGGCGACACGGCACAUAGCGCUGGGGGCGGUGAUGAAGGCGGUGGCACGUGUGGCGUACAGAGUGAAGCCCAUUCAGGUGCGGCCCUUCGUGUGCUGUGCUACUCACACGCUCCACAUACCAUCUCUCUGUGCUUCAAUGAUUUCUGCUUCCACCCUCCCCUCACUCCCCCCUCAUCCCUCUCCCUUCCCCCUUUCACUCCCUCUCCCCACACAUCCCCCCCCUACCCUCGCCCCCAUGCAUGGCGCCCACCAGACGGCAGCAGCGCUGCGGUGUGUGGCAGCGCUGGCGACAGCACUGGGAGGGGAGGGGGUGCGGCCAUACCUGCCGGACGUCAUGCUGCCACUCUUCCGCCUCUCACAGGGCUCUGCAGGCGCUGUUGUCCCACCAGCGGAGGUGCAGGGGGUGGUGGGCGAGGUGGUGGAGCACGUGCGCCACGAGGUGGGCCCCGCCGCCUUCAUCGCCGCCUUCUCCGCCGCGCGCGACACCGCCAGGAGGCGCGCGGCAGCCAGGCGGGAGGCGGCGCGCGUGAGCGUGCUGGUGGACCCCGAGAGGCACGCUCGGCGCCGGGCGAGCCUGGCGCGCAAGCGAGGCGAGUACAAGAAGAGGAAGAACCAGCAGCACCGCUGCAGCAAGAUGCGGUGA